AUGCGGGAUCUGGAGAAUCAGGGCCUGAGAGCGGAACUGUGGGUGAAGGCGGACUGGUCGGAAGAGGAGGUGAAGGAAGCGUUGAAGGAGAUGGUGAAUGACGAGGCCCCUGGCGGAGAUGGGCUGCCGAAGGAGCUUUUCGAACGUCACUGGAACCUGUUAGGGAAGGAUUUCAUGGGGUUCAUAAGGGACUUUGAGGCUGCAACGUCCCUGCUGGAGGAGGUACAAGAAGCUGUAACCAUCUUGUUGCAUAAAAAAGGUCCAAAGGAGCAGAUACAGAACUACAGACCAAUCACACUGCUUACCAGCUCCUACAAGGUGGUGGCGAAGCUGUUGGCCAACCGGAUGAAGAGGGCACUGGACAGGGUCAUCUCCAAGGAGCAGUGCGGGUUUCUCCCAGGGAGAAGGCUGUCAGAUGCGGUGUCGCUGGUAGCAGAUGUGAUUGAAGCAGCAAAGAACGACAACAAGGACUGGUACAUCCUAAUGGUGGAUUUCCAAAAGGCCUUUGAUUCAGUCUUCCGCACGUACCUCUUCGAUACCAUGACGCUCAUGUGCUUCCCGGAAAAGUUUGUCCGAUGGUGUAAAGGGCUCCAUGAUGGGUCUUUCACGCGGUUGCUUGUCAACUGCUGGCUGGGGGACCAAGUUGAGGUUGGCAAGGGAGUCCGGCAGGGCUGCCCGCUGGCGCCCUAUCUCUUCCUGUGCGCCGUGGAGCCAAUCUGCCAUGAGGCAAAGAGGCAGAAGUUAGGGAUAGGCAAUGCUUACGGGGAAAGGCUACCUUAUUUGGGGUACGCAGAUGACAUGACGCUGAUUUUAAACGAGAAGCGGCAGAUUGGUCAGGAGGAGAAGCUCUUGGAGGACUUGGGUGCUCGUUCGGGGCUCAGGGUCAACAAGGAGAAAUCGGAGCUGCUCCCGCAGGGGAAAAACCUGAAUCGCAAAAAAGACGACGAGUCAGCUUUCGCGUGGGUUGAUCCAAAAGAUGCGGAAAGGCUGCUGGGGGUCUGGGUCUCCCCCUCGGGAAGUGCGGACGUUACAUGGGACAAAACACUGGCCAGGGCAGCUAGGGAAUUGCUGAGGUGGCAAUCCCACCAUCUGACGACGACGGCGCGGGUGGCUGUGAUCAACUGCUACGUCUGCCCAAUACUGUCCUUUCAAGGGCAAGUGUACCCCCCCUCGGAGGCGAUCUGGAAGCGAAUCAUGAAGCUGCUGGUUAAAUUCAUCUCAGAAAAUCAAGCCUCGGAGGAACACCAUUUCACGCUCUGGAGCAUGGAGCUGAUCUUCAAGCCACGGAAGGAAGGGGGACUGGGCGACAGAGACCCUUUCACGGAGCUCUAG